AUGGCCUCCUUCACCUGCUCCCAGGUCGGCGCGACGGCAGCGGGCGGAGCAUCGCCCUUCCUCGGCUACCGGCGGCGGAGCGGAGCCACCCCGUCGAGCUCCCUCUUCGUGGGCCGGCGGCUGGUGGCGGCGGUGCGGAUGCGCGCGCCCUCUCGCGGGGCCGCCCGUGGGGGCUCCGCGCUGCGGGUCACGUGCGAGAAGGUGGUGGGGAUCGACCUGGGCACCACCAACUCCGCGGUUGCCGCCAUGGAGGGCGGCAAGCCGACGGUCGUCACCAACGCCGAGGGCGCGCGCACCACGCCCUCCGUCGUGGCGUAUACCAAGACCGGGGAGCGCCUCGUGGGGCAGAUCGCUAAGCGCCAGGCGGUCGUCAACCCCGAGAACACCUUCUUCUCUGUCAAGCGCUUCAUCGGCCGCAAGAUGUCUGAGGUCGACGACGAGGCCAAGCAGGUCUCGUACGGCGUUGUCAAGGACGAGAACGGCAACGUCAAGCUCGACUGCCCCGCUAUCGGCAAGCAGUUCGCUGCCGAGGAGAUUUCCGCGCAGGUUUUGAGGAAGUUGGUGGAUGAUGCAUCUAAGUUUCUUAAUGAGAAAAUUACAAAAGCAGUGGUUACAGUCCCAGCAUACUUCAAUGAUUCACAAAGGACAGCAACUAAAGAUGCUGGCCGCAUUGCAGGACUGGAAGUUCUCCGUAUUAUAAAUGAACCAACUGCUGCAUCAUUGGCCUAUGGUUUUGAGAAGAAAAAUAAUGAAACAAUUCUAGUGUUUGAUUUGGGAGGCGGUACCUUUGAUGUAUCUGUAUUGGAGGUUGGAGAUGGUGUGUUUGAGGUGCUUUCCACAUCAGGUGACACACACCUUGGUGGUGAUGACUUUGAUAAGAGAAUAGUAGAUUGGCUUGCUAGCAACUUCAAGAAAGAUGAAGGUAUUGAUCUUCUGAAGGAUAAACAAGCCCUUCAGAGGCUUACUGAGGCAGCAGAGAAAGCUAAGAUGGAACUGUCAACGCUGACACAGGCAAAUAUUAGCCUGCCAUUCAUUACUGCUACUGCUGAUGGGCCAAAACACAUUGAGGCAACCCUCUCGAGAGCCAAAUUCGAGGAACUAUGUUCAGACCUUAUAGACAGGCUUAAAACUCCUGUUAAUAAUGCCUUGAGAGAUGCCAAGUUGUCUGUCAGUGAUCUAGAUGAAGUUAUUCUUGUGGGUGGAUCCACCCGAAUCCCUGCAGUUCAAGAACUUGUGAGGAAGCUUACUGAUAAGGAUCCCAAUGUUACGGUCAACCCUGAUGAGGUUGUUUCUCUUGGGGCAGCUGUGCAGGGUGGGGUUUUGGCGGGAGACGUGAAAGAUGUCGUUCUUCUGGAUGUUACUCCAUUAUCUCUUGGUUUGGAGACAUUGGGUGGAGUGAUGACAAAGAUUAUCCCCAGGAAUACCACAUUGCCCACUUCAAAAUCGGAGGUAUUCUCAACAGCUGCAGAUGGACAGACGAGCGUUGAGAUUAAUGUUCUCCAGGGAGAAAGAGAGUUUGUCAGGGACAACAAGUCCCUUGGAAGCUUCCGGUUGGAUGGGAUCCCUCCUGCACCUCGUGGUGUCCCACAAAUUGAAGUGAAGUUUGAUAUUGAUGCAAAUGGUAUCCUCUCAGUUGCUGCCAUUGAUAAGGGCACUGGAAAGAAACAGGACAUCACCAUCACUGGUGCUAGUACGCUACCUAAGGAUGAGGUUGAGAGAAUGGUAGAAGAAGCCGAUAAGUUUGCAAAGGAGGACAAAGAGAAGAGAGAUGCAAUUGACACCAAAAACCAGGCGGACUCUGUGGCCUACCAGACUGAGAAGCAACUCAAGGAGCUUGGCGACAAAGUCCCCGCUCCCGUGAAAGAGAAGGUGGACAUGAAACUCCAGGAGCUCAAAGACGCCAUUUCUGGUGGAUCAACACAGAGUAUGAAGGACGCCAUGGCUGCUUUGAACCAAGAGGUGAUGCAGAUUGGCCAGGCAAUGUAUAACCAGCCUGGUUCCAGUGCUGCUGGGCCUACUCCUGGUGCUGAGGCUGGACCUACACCUGGUACCGGACCAGCGCAGAAUGAUGGGGAUGUCAUUGACGCGGACUUCACAGAUAGCAAUUGA